GGACGAGAGAGCCGUGGGCCACGGGCGAUCCCCAGUCUGUGUGAUGAGCUGCCGUUGGGCUCUGGCCACUGAACACGCUCGCGACUUGUUGGGAAUAUAAUUGUAUGUAAUAUCUGCCAAUAGUUAUUACUACAUUGUGCCGCAUGAAAUGGAUCCGGUAUCUUUUUGUCCCCCUUGUUCUCUCUAUAGUCUAUUCUUCGUAUCAUAUCUGGCCCUUGCCAUUAAAAGCUAUCCGUGCAAGACUCAGAAUACGUUAUCAACAACAUGCUUUUAAACCCCUUUCGCCGGUCGCGCUUGCUGAAACUAUACCAAAUAGAGGCCGAAUCCGUUCAGAUCAAAUUUCUGCUGAUAUACUAAUCUAAAUGCUGUUCUAAUGCUUCCACCUCUCCCAAG